UGCACACUGCUCUCUGAUUGCUGAUCUCCCUGCUGGUUGGCCUGUGGCUGUCGUUUUGUGUUUAGACUUGUAUGUGGUUGGAGGUUGAGGACCUUAGUGGGUGUAACCAACGUGGUGAAAUCUGAGAGCUGACAGGCCCCGUUCACUGCAGAAACACAUGCUGUUCAGAACGGGCGUUGUCACUGAGAACAGAAAUGGCGCAGAAAGGAGUUCAGCUGGACAGGGAGACCUUCUCUUGUUCCAUCUGUCUGGAUCUACUGAAGGAUCCGGUGUCUACUCCCUGUGGACACAACUACUGCAUGAACUGUAUUAAAAGCAACUGGGAUAAAGAGGAUCAUAAGAACAUCCACAGCUGUCCUCAGUGCAGGCAGACGUUCACACCGAGGCCUGUCCUGCUGAAAAACACCAUGUUAGCAGAUUUAGUGGAGGAGCUGAAGAAGACUGGACUCCAAGCUGCUCCUGCUGAUCACUGCUAUGCUGGAGCUCAAGAUGUGGCCUGUGAUUUCUGCACUGGGAGAAAACUGAAAGCACACAAAUCGUGUUUGAUGUGUCUUGUCUCUUACUGUGAUCAACACCUCCAGCCUCAUUAUGAUGUGGCUCCAUUAAAGAAACACAAGCUGGUGGAGCCCUCCAAGAAGCUCCAGGAGAACAUCUGCUCUCGUCAUGAUGAGGUGAUGAAGAUUUUCUGCCGUACUGAUCAGCAGCUUAUCUGUUAUCUCUGCUUAAUGGAGGAACAUAAAGGCCACGACACAGUCUCAGCUGCAGCAGAAAGGACUGAGAGGCAGAAAAAGCUUGAGGGGAGCCGGCAAAACAUCCAGCAAAGAAUUCAGGACCGAGAGAAAGAUGUGAAGCUCCUUCAACAGCAGGCGGAGGUUAUCAAUGACUCUGCUGAUAAAGCAGUGGAGGACAGCGAGAAGAUCUUCACUGAUCUGAUCUGUCUCAUGGAGAAAAGAAGCUCUGAUGUGAAGCAGCAGGUCAGAGCCCAGCAGCAAAGUGAAGUGAGUCGAGUCAAAGAGCUUCAGGAGAAGCUGGAGCAGGAGAUCACUGAGCUGAAGAGGAAAGACGCUGAGCUGAAGAAGCUCUCACGCACAGAGGAUCACAACCAGUUUCUACACAACUACCCCUCACUGUCACCACUCAGCCAAUCUACAUCCAGCAUCCAUAUCCGUCCUCUGAGCUACUUUGAGGACAUGACAGCGGCUGUGUCAGAAGUUAGAGAUAAACUACAGGACGUUCUGAGAGAGAAGUGGACCAACUUCUCACCGACAAGGACUCUAGUGAACGUUUUACUGCCAGAACCCAAGAACAGAGCUGACUUCUUAAAAUAUUCAUGUGAAAUUACACUGGAUCCAAACACAGCAAACGCACAUCUGUUACUGUCUGAGGGGAACAGAAAAGCGACACGAAUGAGACAACAGUCGUAUUCUAGUCACCCAGACAGAUUCACUGGAUGUUUUCAGGUCCUGAGUAGAGAGAGUCUGACUGGACGUUGUUACUGUGAGGUGGAGAGGAGAGGGGAAGGAGUACGUGUAGCAGUAGCAUACAAGAAUAUCAGCAGAGCAGGGGGGUCGAAUGAAUGUGGAUUUGGACGAAAUGACAAAUCUUGGGCAUUAGAUUGUUACACUCAUAGCGGAUAUACAUUUUGGUACAACAAUGUCGAAACUCUCAUCUCAGGUCCUCGGUCCUCCAGAGUAGGAGUGUACCUGGAUCACAGUGCAGGUAUUCUGUCCUUCUACAGAGUCUCUGAAACCAUGACUCUCCUCCACAGAGUCCAGACCACAUUCACUCAGCCGCUCUAUGCUGGACUUUAUCUUUCUCCUGGAACCACUGCUGAGUUGUGUAAACUGAAAUAGACAGAAGUCAUGUAAGGGUUAAACUCAGUUUUAACUUUUCAACUUAUUUAAAGUUUUUUUUAUUUUUAUUUUUUUUUUAAAUAUGGUAUAUUUAUAAAUAAAAAAUUUAAAGCUGAUGUUGAGUUUCUUUAGGUGUUCCUUCAUGGGUGUAAGACACACAGACAAUCCCCAGAUCUCCUUUUAUCCUCUAUACUUUGUUCUCUUUGUAAAGAAAUCUAUAGUCACAUUUGUUUAAUUUGCAUAAUGAAUAAGGAAAUUAUUCAUUAUUAUCUUUUACAUAUCUGAAAAUCAAACCCACUGUGUGGAUGAAGUGAAUCUGUACAUAAAUGUUUUUGGUGCUUGAAUAAACUAACCUGAAUAAAGUAUGUUCUUGUCUUGA